CCUUACUGUGCACUUGCAGUGACUAUUCUCUUUCCUCCAAAUAGGGGAUUCAGUAGCAGAGUACUUAGGCGAUCCCAUUUGCAAGCUAAUAAGGGCAUAUGAAACAAGUCCCCCAAAGACUUUACAGUGCCCUGUUGGCAGGACACAGAAUGGAUUCGGGAGUUUAUCUUGUUUUGCCACAAAAGAAAAUUGGAGCUGGAGGUGGGGAGUAAGAGAAGAGGAGGAGGAAAGAAUAGGAAGGAGUUCUUGGUCCUGGGUGGCUGUCAGGGACAAAAGAUCUUACCCUCUUUUGGAGAGAAGUAUGGUUUAGGUUUCUUCAUGUUAACCAUGAGUGUAACCCUGUCACCCAUGAGGUCGCAGGAAUUGGAUGCCAUGGCUACUGAUGCUUCUCCCAUGGUCAUCAAUAUGACCCCUACAGUGGAACAGGGUGAGGGAGAAGAUGAGAUGAAGGAGGUGGAUUCAGACCAACGCUAUGAGAAGCCGCCUCCACUCCAUACCGGGGCAGACUGGAAGAUUGUUCUCCACCUUCCUGAAAUUGAGACAUGGCUGCGUAUGACUUCUGAGAGGGUCAGGGAUCUGACUUACUCAGUCCAGCAGGAUUCUGAGAGCAAGCAUGUGGAUGUACAUUUAGUGCAACUAAAAGACAUAUGUGAAGACAUAUCUGAUCACGUCGAACAAAUCCAUGCUCUCCUAGAAACUGAGUUUUCCCUGAAGCUUCUAUCCUACUCUGUCAAUGUGAUAGUUGAUAUCCACACAGUACAGCUCCUCUGGCACCAGCUGCGGGUCUCAGUUCUGGUUCUGAGAGAACGAAUUCUACAGGGAUUACAGGACGCAAAUGGGAACUACACCAGGCAGACUGAUAUUUUGCAGGCUUUCUCUGAAGAGACAACUGAGGGUCGUCUGGACUCUUUAACUGAAGUGGAUGACUCAGGGCAGUUAACCAUCAAAUGCUCCCAGAAUUACCUGUCCCUGGAUUGUGGUAUUACAGCUUUUGAACUGUCUGACUACAGUCCCAGUGAGGAUUUGCUUGGUGCCCUGGGUGAUAUGACCUCUGGCCAGGUUAAAACCAAGCCCUUUGACUCCUGGGGUGAAAUGGAAAAAGACUUCCCAGAAAUUAUUAGAAGUGUUGGUCUCCUUACAGUAUCUGCUGAUCCUGUUCCUCCCCAGGACAUGGAAGCCACUAGCGAGGAAGGAACUCACCUGUCACUGUCAGCAGGAGAUGAAGGGAGAAGUGAUGAGAGUAAAGUCAUACCUGUAGCCAAUGAACCUCAGGUCUUACCCCCUCCUGGUUCGGCAGGCUCUGGGCAAAGGAAGGACAGGUCACGUUCUUCUGCUGCAGAGACAAAGGAGAACCAUUCCUCAUCCAAACCAGGUGCAAAAACACAUGCUCCUCUCUCUGAAAAUCCAACCCCCAAGAGGUCAAUAAGAGACUGUUUUAAUUAUAAUGAAGAUUCUCCCACACAGCCUACUCUGCCCAAACGGGGCCUUUUUCUUAAGGAAGACACUCUAAAAAAUGAACUCAAAGAUAGUGAUGGGAAAAAACAGAUGAUGUUCUUCAAGGCAGAAAUGAGUAGAAGUACCCCCUCACUGUUGGAUCCACCAGACCGGUCCAAGCUAUGUCUGACCCUGCAAUUCUCUUAUCCGAACAGCCCAUCGGCAGUUAGCCAGUCUUAUGAGUGUUUGCACAAAACGGGCGAUGGGAAUAUUGACCCAGUCAAGGGCCACUUUAAAGAAACCUCUUCUAGUCUAGAAAGACUUAAUGAGUACAAUCGUAAAGAAAAAGCCCCUCGAAGAAAAUCUGAUGAAACUUCUGAGAUUAUAAUUUCACAUCAAUCAACUAAAGAGGGACCUGGUACUGAGGCAACCAAACCAGCUGAAAAUACUAAAAGCUCAGUGAUGCUGAAUGGAAUUCCUUCUUGUAUUUCCAAGUCCAGAGAAAGGCCAGAGACAGAUUCUGCUUCCACAUCCUCAACAGAUCUUAGCAAUCCAGGAAACCUGAAUGCUAAGUUGUCCCCUACCAGUAUACCACCAGUUUCCCAAGGAAAUGACUCUGUAUCUGUCUCUGACCCCGUCAUCUCCCCAUUACCCAUUCUUUCAAAAAACAAAAGCAAAAAAUGUUAUUCUUCCUCACCAAGUCAUAUUGCUAGAAAUGGCCAUGUUGUGGAGGCCUGGUAUGGUUCUGAUGAAUACUUAGCUCUUCCAUCCCACCUUAGACAGACUGAAGUGUUAGCUUUAAAGUUGGAAAAUCUGACAAAACUCCUGCCCCAGAAACCUAGAGGGGAAACUAUUCAGAAUAUUGAUGACUGGGAGCUGUCAGAAAUGAAUUCAGAUUCUGAAAUCUAUCCAGCAUACCAGAUUAAAACAAAGCACAGAAGGUUAGGAAGAAUAUCCCCUAGUUCCUCAAGUGAUAUUGCAUCUUCCCUGGGGGAAAGCAUUGAAUCUGGGCCUCUGAGUGAUAUUCUUUCUGAUGAAGAAUUGUGCAUGUCUACAUCUGGCAUUAAAAAAUAUAGAGCUGAAAAGUCAGAGAUAGCUCCAUCCUCCAAGAAAAAUGAGAACUCUGCCUCUAAUAAAACCGCUUUAAUUCAGCAGUUGAUGGAAGAUAUCCAGCAUCAAGACAACUAUGAAACAAUCUGGGAAAAAAUUGAGGCAUUUGUAAGUAAACUUGAUGAAUUCAUUCAGUGGCUAAAUGAAGCCAUGGAAACAACAGAAAACUGGACUCCUCCUAAAGCAGAGACGGAUGGCCUUAAACUCUACCUGGAGACACACUUGAGUUUUAAAUUGAACGUAGACAGUCACUGUGCUCUAAAAGAAGCUGUGGUGGAAGAAGGGCAGCAACUUCUGGAGCUUAUUGUAUCUCACAAAUCAGGACUGAAGGACAUGCUGCAGAUGAUUGCAAGUCAAUGGAAAGAACUACAGAGACAAAUCAAACGCCAACACAGCUGGAUUCUUAGGGCUCUGGAUAUCAUCAAAGCAGAGAUCCUGGCUACUGAUGUGUCUGCAGAGGAGGAGGAAGGGACUGGAAGCCCCAAGGCUGAGGUUCAGUUAUGCUACCUGGAAGCACAAAGGGAUGCUGUAGAACAGAUGUCCUUAAAGUUGUACAGUGAGCAGUAUACCAGCAGUAGCAAGCGCACAGAGGAGUUUGCUGAUAUGUCAAAAGUUCACACAGCAGGAAGUAAUGGACUUUUGGACUUUGAUUCAGAAUAUCAGGAGCUCUGGGAUUGGCUGAUUGACAUGGAAUCUAUAGUGAUGGACAGCCAUGACCUGAUGAUGUCAGAGGAGCAGCAGCAGCAUCUUUACAAGCGCUACAGUGUAGAAAUGUCAAUCAGGCAUCCGAAAAAGAUGGCGCUGCUUAGGAAGGUUGAAGAUUUGAAGAAAGGUGGUGCUUUACUACCAAACGAUCUCCUUGAAAAAGUGGAUUCAAUUAAUGAAAAAUGGGAACUGCUUGGGAAAACCCUAGGAGAGAAGAUCCAGGACACAAUGGUAGGGCACAGUGGGUUAGGUCCACGUGACCUACUCUCUCCUGAAAGCGGCAGCCUGGUAAGGCAGCUGGAGGGCAGGAUCAAAGAGCUGAAGAGGUGGCUGAGAGAUACAGAGCUUUUCAUCUUCAAUUCCUGCCUGAGACAAGAAAAAGAAGGAACAAUGAAUACUGAGAAACAACUGCAAUACUUUAAGUCUCUGUGUAAUGAAAUCAAGCAACGCAGGCGCGGGGUGGCCUCGGUCCUCCGCCUUUGUCAGCACCUCUUGGAUGACCAGGAGACCUGCAAUCUGAACGCAGAUCACCAACCUAUGCAGCUGAUCAUUGUGAACCUCGAGAGAAGGUGGGAGGCCAUUGUCAUGCAAGCUGUCCAGUGGCAAACAAGGCUACAAAAGAAGCUGGGCAAGGAGCGGGAUAUUUUGAAUGUUAUUGACCACGGCCUGAUGGAUCUAAAUGGGACAAGUGAAGAUGCCCUAGAAUGGGAUGAAACUGAUAUAAGUAAUAAAUUAAUUAGUUUCAAUGAAGAAUCCAAUGAUCUUGACCUGGAACACCCUCAUGCCCACACUGUGCCAAACCUGAAAUCUGAGUUGGAGGACGUGGGCAGCGAAGACCAAAGCUACGAGGGGUAUGCAAGUGACCAAGGAGGAUCCCACUACGGUUCCAGCAUCACUGCUCCUUCCAGCCCACAUAUCUACCAAGUUUACAGUCUUCACAACGUUGAACUUUAUGAAGAGAACCACAUGCCAUUUCUGAAAAGCAGCCCCAAGCUCCCCAGAGAAACCCAGCCUAAAGUUUUAACAAAAAGUCUCAGUAAAGACUCUUCCUUUUCAUCUACCAAAUCUUUGCCGGACCUGGUCGGUGGGAUCACCUUGGUUAAGCCUUGCACGUGCCACGGGAGAGACCUGAGCCAACAUUCUGGGAGCGAGAGUGGGAUCGUCAGUGAAGGGGACACCGAGACCACAACCAACUCAGAAAUGUGCCUGCUGAAUGAUGUGGAGGGACCCCCGAGUAACCCCAAAGCUGAAGAGCCAGGUCUUCACAUGAGUGAUAUAGUUAUACUGAAACAAAAAAUUAAAGAGCAAGAGGACGAUGCCAAGCCUCCAGAGAGUUCUCAGUCACCCGUGUCACCAAAGCGUUGUAUAACUGGAAAAGAUGGGGAUUUAGACAGCGUUACCAAUUAUAACCCUGAUUGUUUGGAAGAAGAAUUAAAAGGAAAACAGGAUGUGUUUACAUUUUAUGAUUACUCAUACCUCCAAGGCUCAAAACUCAAAUUACCAACGGUAAUGAAACCAUCACAGAGUGAAAAAGCACAUGUGGAGGACCCCUUGGUUCAUGGUUUUUAUUUUGAUAAAAAACCCUGCAGAUCUAAACAACAGGCUACAGAGUUACAUCCGGAUGAAGCUCCCCAUGAAUGUAUUUUGGCAAGUGUGCCCCAUGAAAUGGAUCCCAAUUCUUGUAAAAGUGGCAAUGGAGAGAAGACAUUGCCCAGCCUGCAAAAUUCCAAGCAAUUCUCCCUCUUCUCACAAAGCUCUUCCUUAGAGUCCCUUUCACCUGGAAGUGACUUAUUUGGAUCAGGCACCUUGAAAAUGGGUGACGGUCUUCAACGGAGCACGUCCCUGGAAAGCUGGUUAACCUCCUAUAAAAGCAAUGAAGAUCUUUUUAGCCGCCACAGCUCAGAGGACAUCAGUGUAAGCAGUGGCUCAGUUGGAGAACUCAGCAAAAGAACUUUAGAUCUCCUGAAUCGCUUGGAAAACAUCCAGAGUCCCUCAGAACAAAAGAUAAAGCGCAGCGUUUCUGACAUCACUCUCCAAAGCAGUUCCCAAAAGAUGUCCUUCAACGGCCAGCCAUCCCUGGACGUCGCCUCCUCGAUCAACGAGGACUCGGCCGCCUCUCUCACCGAGCUUAGCAGCAGCGACGAGCUCUCCCUCUGCUCGGAGGACAUCGCAUUGCACAGGAACAGAGUGGCGCCGGACUCAAACGCGUGCUUCCGGAAGCGCCUUGCGCCCUCGGUGGCAGACGAGAGCGACGUGAACGUCAGCAUGAUCGUCAACGUGUCCUGCACCUCAGCUUGCACAGACGACGAGGACGACAGCGACCUGCUCUCCAGCUCCACCCUCACGCUGACCGAGGAGGAGCUGUGCGUCCGAGACGAGGAGGACUCCAGCAUCGCCACCGACGAGGAGAUCUACGAGGAGUGCAACCUGAUCUCGGGGCUGGACUACAUCAAGAACGAACUGCAGACCUGGAUUAGACCAAAGCUCUCCCUCUCGAGGGAGAAAAGGAGAUGUCCCCUCAGCGAUGAAAUUCAGUGCAGCAAAGACAGGGGCAGCGGCGAGAUGCCCAACGCCACGGAGGCCCUGAAGAUCGAGGCCCUGCUGAAUGGCUCCACAAGGCGCGUGCCUGAAAAUAAUGGCAAUGGCAAAAAUUCUUCUAGAGCGCACGAGGUUGGAACAAAGAGAGAAAACAAGAAGAACAUUUCCAAAGCCAAUAAAGAUCCGUUUGUGGCUGAUAUGGAGAACGGCAACGUCGAAAGUGUCCCAGAAAAACCAAAGGAAACACCAAAUGGAAUCUCAAAGGGGUCAAAAAAUCUUGUUCCAACCGAGGAAAAGGCUUUCAAGCAUGAGAGCUGCAUGUGUGAAGCGUUUACAGAUAGUUCUGAUGAUUCAAAUAUGGAUGGGAAGGAGGUUGUUCCCCCAUCUUCUAGGAACCCCUGGAAUAUCUUUGAAAUCUCUCCAAAGGAACGUCAAAACCACUUGCUCUCUGAAAUUCAAAGCGCGGCACCUAUUCCCACUGACGAGUCUUGCCCAGAACACGCCACCAAAGCCAACGCGCUCAACCCAGAGUCUGCACUACUGAAAUCUCCGUUCGACCCCGCACCCGGAGCAGCUGAAAAGCCUGCUGAUCAAUCCCUGGCCCUGGAGCCCGGUGAGAUGGCAGGAAACGUGGCCCUGGAUGAUAGAAUUUCCUGUUGCAGCUGUGAGCCGGAUGCUUUUCAUAAACACGAUACAGAAGAUUGCUCGGUACACGACUUCGUUAAGGAGAUCAUCGACAUGGCUUCCAUGGCCCUGAAGAAUAAAUCCCAACCUGAGAGUGAGGCAGCCACUCCCACAUCAUUAGCUCAGAUCAAGGAAAAGGUAUUAGAGCAUUCUCACAGGCCCAUCCAGCUCAGAAAAGGAGACUUUUAUUCCUACUUAUCCCUCUCAUCUCAUGACAGCGACUGUGGGGAGGUCACCAGCUACACAGAAGAGAAAAGCCACUCUCUGUUGCCCCCCGACUUCCCUGAAUCAGGCCUAGAUGAAAAAGAGGAUAUCGAAUGUUUCUUUGAGGCUUGCAUUGAUGAGGAGGAAGGUGAACAGCAAUGCUUUUUCUCCAGGGAGUCCCCAAAGGAAGCUGAGGUGGAAGAAAAAGAUGCCAUUACCCUAGAAGGGACUAAAGCCUCCUCUAACUACAGUGACACUCCGAGUCCCACUCCCCAGGAAGGGUCCAACACCGGAGAGGAGAUCAGUACUUCAAACCGCCGAGAGGAGAGCUCAGCCCUACCUGCUCCUCCGAGGCAGAGCACGGAAGAGAGCAGUCCUGGGAAGCCGGGUGGGUCUGCGAGGCUGGAAGGUCCCUAUGCUGCAUUAGCCAAAACUAUAGUUCCAGGCCUCCCCGUGAAGGCAGAACAGCUGAAAGACCAGGCUGUAUUGCAUCCUAGCAGUAAAACAUUAACCUGUGAAGAAAACCUACUGAACCUUCACAACGACCGGCAUAUAAAUAUGCACAGGUAGAAUGUAAUCCUCCCCAGGCACAUAAAUCAUCUCAUUGAAAGAAGUCUGGUUGCACUCCAGGUGCAGGUUCAUCCUCCUAACCCUGGGAUGGCCUUGGGUUCCAUUGUGUCACUGCCUUUUGUUACACUGACUCCUCCCAAGAUAAAUAUUCCUUCCAAAUGCAAUUCAUCCAUGUGGGCUUUGUGAUUUGGCUGCGUGGUGCACUGGUCCUCUUUAGAUGAUUUUCUUUCCCUUUUCUUUUCUUUUUUUGAAGUAUAGCAAAGCCAUUUCUUUUCAGAAGGAUUCUUGUCCCAAGCUACCUCUACUGAUCCUGUGUUCCUCUUUGGAUGUUUCUGUUGGCUCCUCUCCUGACUGUUCUUUAAAGUUCUACAAUUCACCAAAUUGCAAGUGUAUUCUAUUCACCUGUCUAGAAUGGUAUCUGCUGAUGCUUUCCUAUGUCAUGUUUCAUAUAUAACAAAUUUCUGGUAUAAUGCCUAUGCUUAUUGGGAUGGUUUGACCUAAGCAAAUAUUUGAUUUAAUUUGAUUUCAGUAAAGGAAAGAAUCCUCACUCUUUUUUGAUUCUGACCAUUAUAAAAUAAAGUAAUUUUUUAAAAGCACCAUUUUAUUUAUUUCAUUUGGAAAAAAACAACAAAAACCUAUGCAACACUUCAAGAAACAACUACACGGUGUUGUAUGUUAUAAACUGGUAAUGUUCUACUAUUGAAUUAUGUACAACAUUUUGGUUUUUUAUGCUUCUUGAGGUGGUAAUAAGAAAAAA